UUGUACUAUGAAACAUUAUUACGCAUUAUUUAGGCAUGUGAAUUAUUUAUUUAAUAAAGCAACCAAACAAUCAAAGUCGAGAUUAUUAUCCUAAUCACAUUUUAUAUUCUACGCUAAUGCAUGAGCCAUUUCCUAUCAUUUCUUUUAUGUUGUGCCUUGACACCAUUUCUCAAACAUUUCUUUUAUUUUUUAUCCUAAACAUGUGAGUAUUUUUUUUAUUUUUAUCCUAAACAUGUGAUUUCAAUUUUGCUAAUAUCAUACUUAAACUUCUUUGUAAAAAAAAUAACAAAUGUAAAAUGUCUGAAAAGCAAACAGUUGGUGGUAUACCAGUUGAAUGUUUGACUGGAGAAUCCGCUGCUAUAUGGUCUGGUUGGCGUAUGCUGGGUGACCGAGAAGUUGUAAGAGAAGCUUCUGCUAAAGGGACUUACAUUAAUUUAGCUUACAAAUAUUUGGCGUAUAGAAAAAAUUGUACCAUCGACAAAGCUAAAAUUUAUUUUAAUGAAGAGGUCGAACUAUGGAUUAAAGAAUUAAUAAACAAAUGUCAAGUACACCGAGCUUCUCAUAUUUUAAAAAAUAUAGGAAGAGAUCCUACGGAGCAUACAUUGAAAGUUUGUAUUAAAACUAAGGAACCUUUCUUGAGAGAAUAUUUAUGUGAUUACAUGAUUAAUGUUAACGGUUUCAAUGAGACACAGAAAGAAGCAUGGGACAUUAUACAAAGUAUUUUACAGUAUGAAAAAAAAAACAUGCUUGAAAAUUUAUUUAGUAACAUGAUAUGCAUAGAAGACAUAAUAAAUUUACCUGAAAAUAUUAAGCAAGCAUUGUGUACAGAAUUGUAUAUUCAAUUAUUUGAAUCAAAGUUAAUAAGAAAUACGACGAGUAGUGUCGUCUGGAACUGCUUGUUGUUAUAUAAUAAAAUUGAUACUAUUAAAUAUUGGAUCGAUAAAAGAUACAAUACUAAUGCAAUAAUUAAAGAAACAUAUGAAAUCAAUGAAAAUUUUAAAGAAUUAGUCGAUAAUUUGAUUAUUACUCCUGAAAUGAUAGAACAGAUUGAUCUAUCAGAUGCUAAUAAUUUUAUAAAAGAAUUAACAAAGAAUCAUUUAUGCAAAUAUGGAAUAUUCACUAAAACUGAACAAGAUAAUUUAAAAUUAACGCUGGCAAGGAUAUUCAGUAGUCAAUUAACAUUAAAAGAUUUUGAAGAGAUAUUAUCUUAUGAAAGUUGCAAUAUUAAUAAAAAUGAAUUUUUGGAAAAUAUUAAUAUAAAUUAUUAUCUCACGCAACAGAAUCAUUCCAUAGAAACUAUAUCGAAAGGAAAGAAUUUGUAUAAUAUUCUAAAUAAAAUGCAUGAUCCGCAAUAUAAUGCUUUAGAUACAGUGACCAAUGCAAUACUUGAAAAUAUUCAUUACAUCUCUGAUAAUUUUACUGAUUUUUUAAAAGACAAUUAUUUAAUAACUUUUGCAUUAGUUUUUUUACAAUAUUGCAAAACCGAUAAUGCAUUAUGUUCUGUAAAUGAAAAUGUAGAACCUAACAACGACGAUUUUAAAAAUAUGUUUAACAAUGAGCAUGGGCUACAAAUAGGUGCUAAUAUUGUGCCAUAUGAAAUACUUUGCAAUACGCUAAAACAUAUACCAAUAAUACGACGCAUUGUGCUAAAUGAAUCAAAGAAAAAUGAUAUUACAAUGUAUGAACUGUUAGACGGUUGCCAUAAGUUUACUGCUAAGCAAUUUUUUAAAUGGAGAUACAAUAAUGAACCAAUGCCUCAUUUUUCAAAUGAAAAUUUAGUUAAAAGAUAUGGGUACCAGGAAACAUUAACUUAUGCUUAUUAUUUGAAAGAAGGAAGACCUAACAUGGCUUUCUAUAUACUUAAAAAUACGCAAGGAAAACCUUUUAGAAAUAUUUCUUCUAGAAUGAAGUGUAAAGCUGCUUUUUAUGCCCAUUGUUUAGCUUUAAAAAAUUUACAUAAUUCCGAACUAGUCUGUAGUUGCAUUUCCUUUCUCGAAAUGAUAGGAAUCAAUUCAGAAAUUUUAAGAUUACAUAUCACUGCAGCUGAUUACGUCCAGAAACAUCUUAAUAUAUCUAUCGGACCUUUACUAGAAUCUAUUAUGUUCAAAAAUCCAGUUAACUUGCAAACUAUAAUAUUAUACUUAGAAAAAAGUUUUCAAUCCUAUCUAAAUGACAAUACAAUCAGCGAAAAUACUCUCUUCUUCGAUGCACUAAGAAUUUGGGAAUUCAUAAUACAAUUUGCACGGACUCACGAUUCUUCUUUACCAGAUACUCUUUUAAAGUAUUUAGCCCAGAAAGAUUUAUGGUUUGAGUUUGUUUUAGUCGGACAUAUUUUUACUUAUCCUACGUCACAAAUUUUAAGGCUCGCAAAAGAAUUUCAAAAUAUUAAUAUACGUGAACAUUUGUUAACUUGUUUUAAUACAGAAUCUACAAGUAUUCUGUCACAUCCCAAAUAUGAGACAAAAUUAAAAUUCAGGGAUGUAAGACAAUUUUUAUAUUGCAGGAUCGGAUUAAAGCAAAAUGAAUCAACAUCUUCCAGUGCAUCAUCUUCGUUGACGGAAAGCACCAGCAGCGACACGUACUCAACGGCUUCAGAAAAAAUUUCUUUCACUGAAAAUAUAUAUUCUUCCGACGAUGACCUGUGGAUGACAUUUUUAAAAUGUCAUCAUAGUCAGGAUCCACCUAGUGCAUUACUACAUGUAUCUCGUAUAACUUUAAGACCUAUAUUAAUUAUUUUGGCAACUUGCUAUGAGCCAUCGUUAACUACUUCCUAUUGUUAUUCCUGGAUGGUAAUAUCUACGGCAAAUAAAAGUAUUCUAUCUGAUUAUGCAGAAUGCUUAGAUCAAAUAAUGUGGCCAGCUAAUAAAGUAUUAGAAUUGAUACCAAGAUUAGUAUCUUCUGGAUAUGUUUGUACAUUAAGCAGAGGGUUCCAAAUUUUCAUGCCUGACAACAUAUUAAAUCCAUUUUUCGAGUUCCUUGUACGGUGUACAAAUCAUGGCGAAUUUAAAGAGUGCCAACAAUACUUGAAAGACUUCAAAACACAAUCCUCGAUGCUUAUAUGCAGUAAAAUUGUUAAUUGGGAAUCUGUCGAUAACACGUAUUUAAAAAAUUUUUAUUGGAUUGCAAUAUUAGUUAUUAAAUGUAUCGUAAUAGCUCUUGCUCAUAAUUUUCGAAGUACACAGUUACAGAUACAUUUUUUGAGUGCUCUAGUAAAAUGCAAUUUUCAUUAUGGAUUACCAGUCGACACACCUGAUUUUCAAAACCUUUUAAACAUUACUAAGGUUUUGUUGAAAACUGAGAUUACGUUGAAUUUUGCAGCCUUCACUGUUACGGAUAACGUAUACAAUUACAAUCAAGAAAUAACAAGAUGUAUUAAUUGUUUAGUAGAACGUAAAGAUUACAUUAAUGCAUUACAAAUAUGCAGUAUAGCUGCAUUAGAUACGUCAGAAAUUAUACUCGCUCAGUAUCGCAAUGAAUUUGAACAUUACUCGAGUACUAACAGUAAACUAAAAAAAUCAUUUUGGAAACGAUGUACGGAAGAUUUUAAAAAAUACAACGUGCCAUCUGAAAAAGCAGCAGAAUUUUUAGUCGAACAUGCCGAAAAAGUUCUCUCCCAUAAAGAAAGAUACGAAAUAUUGAAGUUUGCUUUUGAAACAUUAAAAGAUAGUCAAAUAGAACAACAAACGAUUGACACCUUAGAAAUGGCUAUGUGGAAAUCAUGUAUUUUAAUUGGUCCUAAUAAUGUAUUAUUAGAAUACGAGGAUGAAAUUUUAAAAAAAUUAAAAACUGAAUUACUCUCGGGAUUAAAUAAAUUACAAGUUACGUGUACUUUAGCCGAUGCUAAUGAAGAAAGUGCUGCUGAAUAUUUAAUUAAUAAAUUAAUCGAUGCUGGAAAACUUGAUGUCGCUCUGAGAAUUAGUACAAUAUUUAAUUAUAAGCACAGAGAUUUGCAAGUGUUACUGCUAUGUUUAAGUUUGGCAGAAGGGGAAUUAUUGUAUACAGAAUUAACAUUACAACAAAAAGAUUUUUUGAUAGAAGCUGACAAAAGUGUAACACAAAAAUACAGUAUUUUCAAAAACCGUGGUCUUCAAAGGCUGUCAUCAUCGUCUUCAUCAAUAAAUACGAUUGGAUCGGAUUCCGGUAAAACAUUAGAUGUAAAAAGUACACCCAUUCGACAAAAUCAAAUCGAAUGUAUGUCAAUGCUAGAAAAAUUAAUGAAAACACUUCGUAAUGGUGUUGAUACAGGUUCUAGAAUAUUUCUAUGUUAUAAGCUUGCAAUAAGAUUAGGAAAAUCGUAUCAAUCUUUAAUAAAAUUAGACGAACCAGUUCAACUUUUACAAGAGGUAACGGAUAGCAAUAUUGAUAAUAAAUUUGAGACUGCUAAUGAUAUUAUAAUAGCAUACAAAAUAAAAAGCAAUGAAAUUGCAUCGUUUUUAACGAAAAAUAUAGUACAUAGUAUUACCAAAGCAAUUGAAGAUAAACAAGACGACUCGAUAAUAAUGUGGGGAUGUCCUUUAGAUGCAAGCUUUCAUUUAAUAAUGGAAUUGUGCAGUGAUAUUUCCAUCUUGGGAUUAAAUCUUCUAGAAACGGCGCACAAAUUAAUGGGAUAUUCUCAAGGAGAAAAGAGAAAUGUAUCAACUUUAAAGACAAUAGUAGAAUUAUUGAUCAGAUCUCAUGAUUGUUUCACCGCCUGUUGUAAUAUGGAAGGAAUAGCAUCUAUAUUAAGAAAAUGUCAAAACAUUGCUAACACUUUACAAAUUCGCAAAAAUUGGACGUUAUUGGUUCGUCUUGUGACUGGUGUUGGUCGUUUCACGGAAAUGAAUUAUAUUUUUCAAAUAUUAAAAGAAAACGAUCAAUUUGAGUUCUUACUCGGUAAAAGUUUACACAAGGUGCCAGGUUUAAAAACAGCAUUACUAGAAUUUUUAAAACGUAACUGUCCUAAAAACAAAGAACUCUUUACAUUAGUAGCAUUACAUUUUCGUCUUUAUUACGAAAUAGCUUUAAUGUGGGAAAUUGAAGCGAAGGAAGCAACUAAGGAACUUAUGUUCGAUUUGAUGAAAGAACAAGCAAAAGUAGCGAGUUCUUCUCGAGUCGAAUUAAAAUUAAUUAAAACCGAAAGUCUUCUACAAAAAUUGCAAAUAAUAGUUAUGAACUUUACUCACGCAGCUCAAUAUUAUUUACAAGACAAUAAAUUACAUCUAGCGAAUAAAUGUUGUCAACAAGCGCAACUGGUUGCCUUGCAAAUUGCAUUACUCAAUGCGACAUCUAAUCAACCUACUAUAUGCAUCUUAAAUUUAAAAACUGAUCAAAUAGAUAAAAUCCUCAGCGAAACAUUAAAUUUUCAACAAGCUUUGAUAGUUGCCGGAGCAUAUAAUCAUCACCCAGAUUGGGCAAAUAUUAUUUAUAGUCAUUUUAUUCUUAAUGGAGAGAUAAAGUACCUGAAAGAUUUCAUUACUGUAAUCAAACUCUCUUCAAAUAUAACUGAAGACUGUGCACGUAGAUAUAGAUCUGAAAAAAAUCUGACCAAUUCGAUGAAAAAUAAUAUGAAAACAUUAAUAUCCGAAUUGGUGGAUGUCGAAUGUAAAUAUAUGCUAGCGAGUCAAUUAGGAUUUAAGGAAAUCGUUGAAGUUAUGCUAAAUAGUCCUGCAACAGCUGCAUAUCUCAAAGAUACAGUAUGGAAAAAGGGUUACAAAUCAUCGUGAUUGACGGUGCUACAUUCCAUUUACAAUGUAUUUAAUGAACUUUUUAUUUUAUUUUUAUAUAUGUUACCAUUGUAUUGUAUGUAAGAUAAAAAAAUAGGUAACACAGACAAGUUAUUAGAAAUGUAAGCCUUAUACCAUAAAAACUAUAUAUUUUACUAGAUUGAUCCUAAUGUAAUAUUGAAAUUAAUAAACUAUAUUUUUG